AUGAGAGUGAGCAGAAUUUUGUACCGGAAUCCAGUUAUAGUUUUUGGUGGUCUAAUACAAUUUGAUACCAUGCCAAUCACUGACGAAGGGAGUAUGCAGAAUAUGUUUCAAAUUUAUCGGCAGACUCAGAUGCGACAGCCACAGAUUGAGCUAUAUGUUGAGUUUGAAAGCGUAGAGACCGAAGGGAUUCAAAAUGUUUUAGAUAUAGAUGAUGAUAGAGCUGCAGUGUACGAGGGAAUAGAUAGUGACAGCGAAGAGGAUUUUGAAGCCACUUAUGAAGCCGGCGAUGAAGACGAGGAUGGUGAUGUGGGAGUUGAGACAGCAACGGAGAAUAUAGUGGUUCAUCCCUCGAGCAGUCAACCGAUGAACGUGCCACCAUUCACGCGUGAGUUGGAUCUCGACGCCAUACAUGCACCGGAAUUUCCGGAAUAUGCAAACAUAGGCGUUGCUGAUCUUGAGGACGGAGAGUUCCGGAUUGGAAUGGAAUACAGUUCCAGAAAGUCAGUGGUGGAUGCAAUUAAAAGAUACACUAUCGUUAGAGGAGUUGACUACGAUGUGUAUGAGUCUGAGCCACAGACCUUCUAUGCAAAAUGCAAGAUGUAUGGGCGUCGGUGCGACUGGCUUAUCCGAGCCAGCUUGAUACGGAAAAAAGAUUGUUGGGAGAUACGCAUAUACAAUGGAAGGCACACGUGCACAAUGGGAACGAUUUCACAGGAUCACUCCAAGUUGGACUCGGAUACCGUUACUGAUAGUAUAAUGCCGUUAGUCGAGACUGACCCGUCAAUCAAUGUGAAACCUAUAAUAGCGGAAGUCCAGUCAAGGUUCAACUAUACCAUCAAUUACCGAAAGGCUUGGUUGGCAAAACAGAAGUCCAUAGCGAAAGUUUUCGAUGGUUAA